AUGGCUAGGAUCUAUCCUCAUAUUCUCACUGGUUCUCCCUACAUGACUUCAGAAGGAGAAACAUUUACUAUAUGGAUGAAAUCACUUUUAUACCAUGCAUAUGGUUGCACUGUCUUUAAUUCCAAAGGUGAGAUUGUUUAUCGCGUUGAUAACUAUGACAACAAGUGUAGCAACGAAGUUCAUCUCAUGGAUCUACGGGGGAAAAUCCUCUUUACUAUACGUCAAAAGAAAUUACUAGCUUUUGGAUGUUGGAAUGGUUAUAGAUGGAGCGGUUCUAGCAUAAACAAGGAGAAGCCGUGGUUUCAAGUCAAAAAGUAUUGCAGAAUGCUCAUGAGAGAUGUAGCUUGUCGAAUUACUGUGGGGUAUGAUAAAUAUUGGAUAGUUAGAUUUGCUAACAAAGCAGCAUUUAGAAUAGUAGACGUCAAUGGAGAUGUUGUUGCUGAGGCAAAGCGAAAGUAUUCAUCUUCUGGAGUAGUGCUGGGAGAGGAUGUGUUGGCUUUGGAGGUGGUGCCUCAUAUGGAUCAUUCACUUAUCAUGGCUUUCGUGGUAGUGUACGGAUUAAUUCGUCGUAGAAUGUGA